AUGGGCGGAACCAGUAUGGAUGUUUGUCACUACGACUGUAAAUUUGAUUUAUCUUACCGAAACAGUGGUGGCAGGCAGAAAGAUCAUUACCCCAUGCUGAAUAUAGCCACACUGGCCGCGGGUGGUGGUUCAAUGCUCUUUGCUCGAUAUGGUCUCUUUGUUGUAGGACUUGAAAGUGCAGGAGCACACCCAGGGCCAGCUUGUUAUCGCAAAGGCGGCCCAUUGACUGUGACUGAUGCCAAUCUAUUCUUGGGACGAUUGGACCUGUCUUCGUUUCCAGCGAUAUUUGGCCCUGGAGCAAAUAUGCCCUUGGACUAUGAAAUCACCAGGAAGAAAUUCGAAGGAAUCACCCUUGAGGUCAAUGAGCAGACGUCACGGAAUCUCACUACAGACAAAGUCGCUCUCGGAUUUCUUGAUGUUGUGAACGAAACUAUAAGCCGGCCUAUGCGCAAUGUUACUGAAGUUCAAGGGUUUGCUCCAAGCACUCAUGCUCUUGCUAGCUUUGGUGGUGCCGGAGGAUAG